CCUCUUUGCAGACGGAGGUACAACUGCUAAAAGAACUUCCAACUGUGGGUUUCAACUGUGGUCUAGAACACAAUGGCAAGAGCUCUCCUCCUGGUCGUCUCCCUGGCUGUCCUGGGCAAUGUUUUCAUCACCCAGGCUGCUUUCGCCCCCGGCCUGAUUGUGGACAUGGCCAAGAUCCUCAUGGACAACUACUGCUCCCCUGAAAAACUCACUGGGAUGCAGGACGCGAUCGAUGCAGCCAGCAGCAACACAGAGAUCCUCAGCAUUCCGGACCCAGAGACCCUGGCCAACGUGCUCACCGCCGGGGUCCAGAGCACCAUUAAUGACCCUCGCCUGGUGAUCUCCUACGAGCCCAACUACGUCCCGGUCGUCCCUCCGCAGUUUCCUCCUCUGCCCCCGGAUCAGCUGAUUGCUAUGCUUCAGAAUUCCAUCAAGUUGGAGGUGCUGGAGGGCAACAUCGGCUACCUGAGGAUUGACCACAUCAUUGGGGAGGAAAUGGCUGAGAAAAUCGGCCCCCUGCUCCUGGAGCUGGUCUGGAAUAAGAUCUUGCCCACUUCUGCUCUCAUCUUCGACCUCCGCUACACCGGCAGUGGUGAUCUCUCGGGGAUCCCUUACAUUGUGUCAUAUUUCACCGAUUCAGAACCCCUGAUUCACAUCGACAGUGUUUACAACCGGGCGUCCGACACCACCACAGAGCUCUGGUCCAUGCCCGCUCUCCUGGGGCAGCGCUAUGGCACCAAGAAGCCCCUGGUGCUCCUCACCAGCAAGAACACUAAGGGCAUCGCUGAAGAUGUUGUCUACUGCCUCAAGAAUCUCAAAAGGGCGACCGUUGUGGGAGAGAAAACCGCUGGAGGUUCCGUGAAGAUUGACAAGAUCAAGGUGGGCGACAGCGAUUUCUACCUGGCCAUCCCCAGCGCCAAGUCCAUCAACCCAAUUACUGGAAACACCUGGGAAGUCACAGGAGUGACCCCCGACAUUGAGAUCGACCCAGAAGAUGCCCUCGCCAAAGCAAUUGAGAUCAUCAACCUCCGUGCCCAGAUCCCUGCCAUCGUUGAAGGAGCUGGAGCACUGGUGGCAGAGAAUUACGCAUUUGAGAGCGUGGGAGCUGUUGUAGCGGAGAAGUUGAAUGGUACCCUGGCCAGUGGAGAAUAUAGCAUGGUCUCCUCCAAGGAAGAACUGGAGACCAAACUCACUGCUGAUCUCAAGACUUUGUCAGGGGACAAAAGUCUGAAGACCACCCAUAACACACCAGCCCUGCCCCCAAUGGACUAUACUCCUGAGAUGUUUAUCCAGCUGAUCAAGGUGUCAUUCCAAACUGAUGUAUUUGAGAAUAACAUUGGCUACCUGCGCUUCGACAUGUUUGGGGACUUCGAGGAGGUCCGCGCCAUUGCGCAAAUCAUCGUAGAACAUGUGUGGAACAAAGUAGUCAACACUGACGGAAUGAUUGUUGACCUCAGGAACAACAUUGGAGGACCGACCACAGCCAUAGCAGGGUUUUGCUCCUACUUCUUUGAUGCAGACAAGCAGGUCCUUCUGGACAAGUUGUACGACAGACCAUCUGGCACCACUAAGGAACUUUGGACCCUGCCUGAACUUACUGGUACGAGAUACGGCACCAAGAAAAGUCUGCUCAUCCUGACCAGCGGAGCCACAGCCGGCGCCGCCGAAGAGUUUGUCUACAUCAUGAAGAAGCACGGCCGAGCCAUGAUCGUCGGGGAGACCACAUCCGGCUCCUCCCACCCACCCAACACGUUCCGCGUGGGCGAGUCUGACAUCUUCCUCAGCAUCCCCACCGUCCACUCCGACACCACCCAGGGACCUGCCUGGGAGGGGGCCGGUAUUGCCCCCCACAUCCCCGUGCCUGCCGAGGCGGCCCUCGACACAGCCAAGGGUAUCCUCAUGAAGCACUUUGGUAGCCAGAAGUGACUCCCCUAACCAGGAUAUUGCUGGCAGCCAAAGGGUGCCAGAUUAGUUGAGUUUAGUGUGUAGGGUAUAGUACAGUUCAAUUGUUAUGAAAUUAGUUAUUCAAAUUCCCUGCACCUAAGCCUUUGUUGCUUUUUACUGAUAAUUUUGACAUAUAAUAAUGUGAUUUUAGAAGGACUGAAGGAAAGUGGAAUGUUUUAAGAAGUGUGAGCUUUUACUGAGAUGUGACUGUUGGUGAAGUGGUUUGAAUGCCAUGAACGUUUGUGAUAAUGUUUUUUUGGAGGCGGAACAGCUUUUAUUUUGGGCUGUUAAAAAAAACCUUCUGUGGUAUUCCAACCUGGUAAACGGAAGUACAAUUUUGAAGAUUAGGCAUAAGGUUGAUUCAAAUUGUUGGAAGAUUUAUUGAAACAAUAUCAUACUGUCAUGUAGUUUAAUUUGGAAUACAUUUACAAACAAGUCUCUUGGGAAGAACUGUCUCAAUUUGAGGUUGGGUUCUGUUUUCAGUGUAAGGCUAGUAUUGUGUCUGUACAAAAUGAUGUGCCAUGUACGGCAAUUUGGGUUGUAUCAAUUCCAACAGUGGGACACAAUAAAUACAAUGGGAACAUAAA